CAUUCAGUUCGUGCUUCGGAAACAAAAUGCAACGAAUCAUCGUUAUCGUGUGCUCCCUCGUUUUGGCUUCAGCUUCAGGUGAAAAUGUCUCGGUUGAUCUCGUGCCCAAUGAAUUUAUUGACGCGGUAAACAGAAUCGGAGAACCGAAAAAAAUUGCAGCCAACGUACCGACGAGUGAAUUCGCUCUUAAUUUUACAAUCGCAACGACUCGUUUGUUGAACGACGUCUUGUUCGAAUAUUAUCGUCAGGCAAGACUCGCAAGCAUCAUUCUUGCAAACGACUGGAAGUCAUCAACGGCGAAAUUGUUGAAAAAAUCGAGCCACGUAACGGCAAAAAAUUCGGAAUAUUUGGAUCCGUAUCUCAAAAAAGUUCUGAAUUAUAUGAAUAAAUUUUUGCUCAUAAACUCAUUUUGA